AUGGCUGGCUCUUCCGUAUUAACAACCUUUGAUGGCGCUAACAUUGUGCUCAGCUCUGACUUGGGAGAUAAAAGCUAUCACGAGAUAUUCGAAGCCAUAUUCGCCUUUGUACUCAAGGAUAAGCCUACUUACUAUGAUAAGAAAAAAUCACAGGCGACAGCCGCAACUCGAUUGUCGAAAUGCGCCGUCGCGGUUCGGAUGGCAGCCAGUCGCGGCGCCUCCAAGAUAGGACGGAAGACGCUGCUCGCUGCCGUAGAUCACAUCACCCAAACCUUGCCUGGUCCUGACAAUGGCUUUGUCCGGCCACUGCUCCACGAUUACGUCAAGGCCCUUACGGAACUUGUAUCUCGGCCAGUCAACGCCGAGCUCUUGGCCAGGAAGAGUGCAGAAACUUGGCAGGACUGCGUUGACUUGUUUCUAGACGUUGCUCUCGACAUUCUCCCCAAUGAGGCAAACACAGCUUCAUUGCCUCACGCAGCCAGGUCUUCUCCCGCACCAACUGCCUCUUCAUCUCGAUCUGUGCCUCGGUCAAAUUCAUCCUUGCAAGCCCAGCGCCAGAAUGUACCGGGAGAAGGAGGUCCAUUGAAGGAUAUCCUUGAAGGUCUCUUCUGCCUAGUAUCGGCAGCCAAUGCUCCUAUCCUUCAACGAACGCAGGAUAUUACCGACCUUGCCCUGAGAGUACUGAGCAUCAAGCAUCUCAGCUUGGGCUCCACGCCAACGCUAUGCUUCUCGAUUAUCAACACUGUCUUUCGUGCAAUUGAAGCCGAUAAUCUGGACGACGCAAUCACGUUAGCAAAGAAUGUUUUGGCCCAUAUGGGCUACUGGUGGCGCCCAGAAAAAGUCUCCCAGGACGAACUCAUCAAAGGCUUAAGAAAUGAGAUAUUACGGGGCAUAAUUCUUAUGCAUCUACAUUUUGAGCAUAUCACUGUCAAUCUUGGAGAUCAAGUCGUACGCGGUGAGCUGGAGAAUCUGGUAGACCCUUUGUGGCAAGAGUAUUCCAGGCGAAGUGAAGCGUUCCGUCUACAGCUUAGUGAUUUGACCUUUGGUCCCUCAGCUUCAGAAGGACAUGCUAUGCAACUUGGUCUAUUAAGACUUCGGCCUCACAACGUUGAAGGGGAGAGCCACUGGGCCAUUGUGCAAAAUAUCGCUUACUUGGAGGCUAUUUUACUGCGUUCUAAAAAAGAUGUCGCCGAGCAGGAUGUGGACAAUGGAGAGCAGCCUCGCAAGAGAAGACGAAUCCAGCAAGAUCUAAAUCCGAUCAGAGUCAAACUCAAGUCAGAAGACGCUGGCGUUGUUCGAACUGCUUUACAGCUAGUGCCAUUCAUGCUAGCGACCAAUACUCUGAGCCAUAGCGAGGUCGAAGAGCUUCUUGGAGACCUUGCUCACUUUACUGGAGGGAAAAAUACCAUUACAGCGUCUUGGGCUCUGAUUGCUUGCGCGAGGUAUUAUGAACCAUAUGAACCGCUCCUCACCUUAACUCUCAAAUCUGGCAUUCGGCUGCCCGGUCAAUCAGCCUUCCAGCGACGAUCAGAGUACAUCAAGCUACAUUAUCAGAUGGGCGAGUUGGUAUAUUCGUCGUUUCAAUCUGCUCAUGUACGACCCAUUGACCUCGUUAAUCUUUUAUACAUGUGCUGCGGAGCCCAAUGCUUCGGCACGAUUCGCCAAGAUAUUACCUCUGGUGGCCUGCUGGGCGAGGCAUGGAUAUCGCAGCGAGAGAUUGGAGAGUUCAACGAAUACCUCCUCUUGCUAGGGCAUGAGACAGCCGAUAUCAUCUCACACGAGUGUUGCUAUCUAGCAUCCAAGGAAGCUUUGCCCCUUACGGCGGAUGCUAGCAUCUUCUUCACAUUGAAAAAGCUUGUCUUAGAACUUCUUUACCCCAAACUCGAAGAACUCAAAGAGUUGUGCAGCUCCUGGGGCAAAAGAGCUAGCGAUGGCGGGAGCCAAAUUUCAGCUAAUCGAUUUCAAAGCCUCAUAUCUGCGUGCUUGAUAGGAACGCUGCUGGUGCCCCAACUCAACGAUCUCAAUUCUACUCAGUCGUCUUCUUUAGAAGCGCUCUUAUUGGACUUGGCCGAGAGAGCGCUUUCAGCUGCACUGAUCUCAGUCGAGCCUACAGCCUUCAUUGGCUUGACUCUGAAAGAGCUGAGGUCAUGCAUACCCGAAAUCAACACCGCAAGUUUGAGCCAGCUGCUUGGAAAGAGCCCUGGCAUCCUCAAUCUUCUUUCAAAGGUUUCUGACAUGAUAGAACAGCGGGAAUCAAGUCAGCGCUCAGGAGAUCACGCAGAUUUUAUGGACGUUGAUGACGAGUUCGAUUCUUCCAACAGUCAAGCUAUGUCUUCAUCAAACACUUACUCAGUGCCAAGGCUUAAUGCCCAACUCGGCCUAAAUCCACAGGCGUUUUACAUUGAUACACGACUGCGACUAGUCCUCUUGAGGCUCAUCAAGCAAGAUGAGAGUCAACUGGGCUUAUUGCCUGAUCUAUUUGUUGACGAUCUUCUAGCACGGUCUGAUGAUGAGAUCCUCUCCUGCCAGCGUCUCUUGAUAGAGAUUAUUAGAUCUGACCUUGUUAUUUCUACGGAAACAUCAUUGGCAAUUGUUGAGAGGCUUGGGAGAAUAGUAGGGAAUCCGGAAUUCCAGUCAUGCGAAGUUGCCCUAACCGCUUGUAUUGAGGUUAUCGAUGGCCUCAGCAACGUCUGGCUCCAAGAUAACCAGAAUUUGGCAGAUAUGGUUGGCGAUCUGUAUGUUCAUUUCGUCAACAUGUCACUUGCUCGUUUAUUAUUCACCCUCCUACGGAUUGACCCAGAUUAUGGAAAAAAACUGAAGCUUUCCUCAUGCCGAACCUCUUUACUCUCGAUAAUGAACAAGGGUUCAAUGAAAGUCAAGUGCUUUAUUGCAGAAAGGAUAGCAGGUAUAUUCGAGCUAUAUAUUUUGAUGUUGCACGAAGACGUUUUUGUGGACGUUCUGGAAAAUCUCCCGAGGGAGAGUGAGAAUAAGGCUGGCAUCGCUUUCCGCCUGUUCGUAUUAUCCAAGAUAGCUUGCAGCUGGCCCACCCUCCUGAGAAGAUGCGUCUAUCAUAUUUUUGAAACCCCGGGCAAUAUAUCUCAAUCGACAGACUACACCAAACGAUGUUUAUCAGAUAUCUCCAUUGUUCUAAACCUCAAGACGCCAGCAGAUCUCUUUCAGUUAUUUUCUCGCCAACUUCUAUAUACUUGGCUAGAAGGCAAUACAGUUGAAAGCAUUCCUUAUUCGAUCUUUGGAUAUACCAGCCUUGGAGAGCUGCUGAAAUCGGCACAGGCGGAGGCGAUCGGCCUAGCAACAAUGCGAGGACAGGAUGCUGCAAGCGCAGAAAUAGCUCGCCUAGUCGGCAUACCUGAAAGCCAACUUAUCCAACAGAACUUUGCAAACUCAUUAGCAUACAGCUUAUUGGAGACACUGCAGGCAAGCCAGGACAAGACAAAGGGGGGAGAAAAUACCAAAGCGGAAGAAAAAACAAGAGGGGAAGAUCGCAUCAAGGGAAAGCUAGGUUCCAAAAUAUUCAUCGAUUCAGCCUAUACGCACUUCAUCGACAUUGUUGCACUUUUCUUUGACCUAAUUGACCAAGAAGACUCUAUCGAAAAAAUCUUCUCAAGACAAGCGCACCUCAAAUAUGCAGGCGAAAAUAUGGCAGCGAUCAAGGCAAUUGCACAUUCUCCGGCUAGCCUUCCGCCAAAUCAGCAGCCCAUGUUCAGGGCGAAAUUUGUGUUCAACGAACUGGUCCGCCUUUGUCAAAGCACUGAGUUCCAGUUUCAGGACCUCUGGACGCCAGCCGUCGUAGCUGCGAUUGCUCGAAAGCUAUUCAAUACAGUUCACCCAGCACUGGGCUCUCUUCAUGCAUGCUCUGUUCUUCGCAAAGUGAGGAUACUAGUGAGCUUAGCCGGAUCAGUUGCUUGGGAUUCAUACUGUUUGGAAAUGCUAUUGACCUCUAUUCGAAACUUCAUUGUGGAUUCUGAAUGCGCAGAUGAUGCUCUGGGUAUUAGCCAGUAUUUACUUUCCCGGGGGAAAACGUAUUUAGCCCAAGUUCCCUCGUUCCUUGCUGGCUAUUCUCUGUCGACUUUGGCAUCGCUUAGAGUCUUCCUCGAAUCCAGUCAGUCGAGUACCACACAAGAGAGCCAAUUCAAGGCUACUAUGAGUAAGGCGCAAAAGUUUCACGAGUGGUUUAGUCAGUAUCUAGCAGAGUAUACCUCUCCAAGAUUCGAAAGCCAGCCACAAAAUGACUUAUUCAAAUCCAUCACCAUGUCGGCAGCUCAUAUACGGUCUUCUGGGAAUGCGGAGAAAAACACAUCAGAGAGUAAACUUCUUUUGGAUAUCCUAAACGAUGAAAUAGCAGGAAGCCGGCUCCUCAAUGAGUCUUCAAGACAGCUUGCCCUUGGUCUCCUCUGUGGCGAUUUUAUGAUCCCGACGCACAUAAAAAAUGAUGUCCUGGAAAGUGACCAGCAUGCGAUUAAUCAUGCUUCAGCUGUGUGGAAAAGCUGUGGAGCUCAAAAUCUAAGCGAAAAUUACUUGGCCUGGGCAGGAAGAGUUGUUGGUCGUUCAUUCCUAGCGUCCGGAAGCAUUCCUGACGAUAUACUGCGAGAGUCACGGCUCGACCAGUAUGAGAAGAUAGCACCGGGGCCUCAUGGAUCCGAAAUGGGACUCUUACAUCUCCUACAAGAUCUUACAACAAAUCCAGACUCUACUACUGCAGGAUUGGCUGAAGCCACACUGCGGACUGCAAUAUCGCGAGCAGUCGUGGAAGAUGAUGGCCCGCUCGUCACAGCCGGUCAGCGAAGUCUGUCUGAGCCGCUUUUCCUUGCAUCACAAUGGGGAUUAUACAGGACUCCCCCUUCUGAAAUGACUCCGACAGACGGUGGCCAGUUCUCGUGGACUGAAGAUAUCACAUCGAAAAGCUGGUUACCUCGUUUGAGUGCAUAUCUUGCACAUUCACAGCAGCAGGCAACUAAGAAGCUGCUCUCGAACGCUAUGAAACAAUGGCUUGUGUCAACUGACCAAACAGCUAAAGAGAAUAUCAAGCUAUUGAUUAACACGAUUCUCUAUCUCAGAACCCAAGAAUAUCCCAAGGAGUCAUCUAUAGUAGAUCGACUGCAUUGGUUGGAUAUAGACUACGCCUUAGCAGCGUCGUCUGCAACUCGAUGUGGGAUGCACAAGACAGCUCUCCUUUUUACUGAGAUUGCCGCCUCAGAAAUGCCACGCGCAUCGCGAAGGACUUCUGUUGCCAAAGAGGUCGAUAUGAAUGAAACCCUAUUGGCAAUAUUUGAGAAUAUCGAUGAUCCAGAUGCGUACUAUGGCUUAACGGAGGAAGCAAGCUUAUCGAGCGUCAUGUCUCGCUUGGAAUACGAGCAAGCUGGCACGAAGAAUCUAGCUUUUCGAGGCGCUCAGUACGAUAGUCACAUUCGACUACAACAGAAUACAUCGGAAUCGGACGCUCAUGUACUCGUUAAGACACUAAGCACUCUAGGAUUGGCCGGUUUAUCUCAUUCUCUGAUGCAAACACAACAGAAUCUCGGUUCGACUGCGGUCUCCAUAGAAAGUACAUUUCAAACUGCCCGAAGACUUGAAAUAUGGAACCUUCCUGUGCCGGCUGCAAGCGACCAUCAUGCCGUUGUCACUUACAAAGCAUACCAGACUAUGCAGCAGGCAACGAGUCUGACGGCAGUCCGAACGGCCAUCUACGACGGCUUUGCUCGCACAAUGAAGAGUCUGGUUGGCCACAGUCGCAAUGCAACGGCAUUACGAAGCCGCCUUGGAGCUUUGGCAGCACUUUCUGAGUUGGAUGAGACAUUGAAUAUUUCGGAUUUGGCUGAACUGGAGGGCCAUAUGAAUCAAUUUCAGGGGCGCAGCCAAUGGAUGAAGAGCGGCCUAUAUGACGAUAUUAGCCAAAUCCUCUCUUGUCGAGGCACAACAAUGAGCUUAUUUAGCCAGCGUGCAUUGUCUCUAGGAUAUGCCACAUUUCCUACAGCAGCCAUUAGGCAAACGGAAAUUAAGUCAAUGCUCCUCGCUUCAAGCAUUUACAGAUAUCACCAAGCCACACAAGAAUCGUUGAAUAUCUCGACAGCUCUGAAUGACCUUAUCAAGCCGUGCGAAGCAUUGGGUGUUCACGUUGAUGUCGCUGUUACGAUUGAAGUGGCAAACUCAUUAUGGGACCAUGGAGAAAUGAGUUCAUCGAUUAAAAUGCUUCAGGGUGCUGAUAACGUUGCAACACUUAAGAAGCAAGCGAUACCUGUGAGCCGAUCUGAUCUUCUUUCGAAAAUUGGUCAUCGGAUGUCUGUUGCACGCCUGGAGAAGCCUCGAGAUAUACAAAAGAAAUACCUCGAGCCAGCGCUCAAAGAUCUAAGAGGUAACGUUGAAGCAAAAGGAGCGGGUCUGGUAUUUCAUCAAUUCGCUGUGUUUUGCGACGAGCAGCUUCAAGAUCAAGAUAGCUUGGAGGAUCUCAAACGAUUACAAAGCCUGAAGAAGGGCAAAAAUGACGAAGUCGAAGAUCUUAAACUACUUAUUUCAUCUACUAAGGAUUCACAGCUCAGAGCCAAAUACACGCACGUUCUUUCAAAGGAAAAGCAGUGGCUCGAUCUCGAUGAGCAAGAGCUGCGCCGUGUUGAAACAACGCGGAAUGAAUUCGUCCGCCUGAGUCUAGAAAACUAUCUGCUCUCACUUGCCUCUUCAGAUGAGCACAACAACGAUGCCUUGCGAUUCACAGCGCUCUGGUUCGAAAGAUCGGACGACGAUACGACGAGUAGAGCGGUUGGGGGGCAUCUCGCCAAAGUACCGACUGCUAAGUUUGCAGGACUUAUGAGUCAACUCACAUCACGGCUACAAAAUCAAGAUUCGACUUUUCAACAGCUCCUCGCAGAUUUGGUGUACAAUAUCUGCGUCGAUCAUCCGUACCAUGGCAUGUAUCACAUCUGGUCUAGUACCAAGGCGAGAGUGCAGCAGAAGGAUGAAGUAGCGAUUCUUCGCGUGAAGGCCAACGAGAAGAUUGCGCAAAGGCUUGCAACCACAAACGCUGUUGCUGAUGUGUGGGUCUCGAUUGAGAAAACGAGCAAAUACUACCAUGGCCUUGCUCUCGAUAGAGACCCUGCAAAGUACAAGUCGGGAGCAAAGGUUGCGUUGAAAGAUUCCACGGCAGCCAAGAAUUUGGUGACGUGCCUAACCAAAUUUCGCAUACCUCCGCCGACAAUGCACAUCGAGGUCAAUGCGAAUAGGGAUUAUUCUGCAGUACCCAUGAUAUCGAGGCUUGAGCCAACAAUGACAAUCGCCUCUGGAGUGAGUGCGCCGAAAAUUAUCACUGCUAUUGGAACAGAUGGUAUGAAAUAUAAGCAGCUGGUAAAGGGUGGCCAAGAUGAUCUUCGCCAAGACGCCAUCAUGGAGCAAGUUUUCGCGGCUGUCUCAUCACUACUGAAGCUUCAUAGAGCCACUCGACAGAGGAAUCUGGGCAUUCGAACAUACAAGGUGCUUCCACUUACGGCCUCUUCUGGGCUAAUCGAGUUUGUCCGUGAUACAAUUCCCCUACACGAAUUUCUCAUGCCGGCACAUGAACGGUAUAAUCCUCGUGAUCUUAAGGGCACUCAGUGCAGAAAAGAGAUAUUCAACGUUCAAAAUCGGACGGUAGAGCAGCGCAUUAGCACUUACAGGAAAGUCACUGAAAGAUUUCAACCCGUUAUGCGAUACUUCUUCAUGGAGUACUUUGUCGAUCCUGACGAGUGGUUCGCAAGAAGGCUGGCAUACACGCGAAGCACAGCGGCUAUAUCGAUGCUUGGUCAUGUACUAGGUCUGGGUGAUCGUCACGGCCACAAUAUUCUUCUGGACACCAAAACUGGAGAGGCUGUCCAUAUCGAUCUGGGUAUCGCGUUUGAGACAGGCAGGAUCCUGCCUGUGCCAGAGCUUGUUCCAUUCCGCCUUACCAGAGAUAUUGUGGAUGGCAUGGGGAUAGCAAAGACUGAGGGCGUGUUCCGUCGCUGCUGCGAAUUUACACUUGACGCUCUUCGAGAAGAACAGUACUCAAUCAUGACGAUAUUGGACGUGUUGCGGUACGAUCCCCUGUACAGCUGGUCGGUCUCGCCGGUGCGUUUAGCGAAGCUACAGAAAGCUCGUCAGGAUGGCGACGGAGCGAUUGACGACGCUGUUCAAGCAGACGUCGAUCCAAAGAAGGGGAAGAAUCCCGCAGGACAUCUGAAUGAGCCGUCUGAGGGUGAUCGAGCCUUGGAGGUUGUGAGGAAGAAACUUUCAAAGACGUUGAGCGUGACGGCCAUGGUCAACGAUCUUAUCAAUCAAGCGACAGAUGAGCGAAACCUUGCAGUCUUGUAUUCUGGAUGGGCGGCAUAUGCGUAGAUGACGGGACAUGUAUUUUUCGAAAUGAGCGGGAAUGGGGGAUUUCUUUUGACAAUUGCAACUUGCUAGUUGCGGUGAGGUUAUAAACUAUGGAAAGGGGUUAGAUUGUACAAGAUUAGGUGUGUGAUAUAUUGGCAAACUCAUAUAAGAAAGUGUCAUGUUGAAAAUGGCACGCAGAUUGAUUGUUAUAUCUCAACUUAAAUUAUAAAGUUUUAUAGGCGAAGAUAACCAUAAUCAUACAUAUA